CAGAUAUGUUCUCGAGUUGUCUCUCGCCGUCUCAAGGCCCAGGCCAGGGCCAGCCCCAGGCUGCGGAUAUUCUCCAGAGCUACAGACAUUGGGUCAGCCCUCGCCCACAGCAGCUCUGGCAAUUCUCUCAGAGGGAAGCCAAGAAUGACAGUGACUUGGCCACAUCCCAGGAUGACACCAGCAGAGUGGGGGCCAUGGUGGCAGGCAGGCUGGAGGGGGAGCCCUCACCAAAAGCAGCUGAUUCAGCUUCCCUGGAGCCGGACCCUGCAGAGGCCGCGGCAGCGGAGAUGGGGCCAGGAUCUAUGCUGCAAUCAGAGGAGCCAGCAGCACAGGCCCCUGUGCUGUCCCUGUUGGCUGCCAGCAGCAUGGGGACCCUGGACACAGCCAUGGUCGAGAAGCUGGUGAUGGAGCUGGUGCCUGCCCAGCAGAGAGGGGACCCCUUCAUCGUCCCCACCUUCUUGUGCAAUUAUCGAAGGUUCACCACCACCCAGCAGGUGCUGAACCUGCUGUUUCACAGGUAUGCCUACUUCCAGCCUCACUGUGAAGAGGAUGACCGCACUAAGGACGCCCUCUGCUCCAUCCUGGGAACCUGGCUGGAAAACUAUCCAGACGACUUCUAUGAGUUCCAGGACCUGGCCAGGCUGAAACAGCUGGUGGCCUACGUCAGGCUCCAUAUGCCCUUCUCGGACCUGGCACGCCAGGCCCAGCUGCUCCUCACAGAGUUGAAGGACGCGGAGCCCAAGGAGCUGGUGGCUGAGCCCGAGGCCUUUGGUCUAACUGAAGAGGUUCUGGAGGCCCCUGACUACCCAGAAUUGGAACUUGAAUCAGAACCCCUCCAGGAAUCAGGUGUCACCCCUGUGAACUCCCUGUCAGCUGCCAGCAAUGUGGGGACCCUGGACACCGCCAUGGUCCAGAGGCUGGUGAACGAGCUGGUGCCUGCACAGGAGAGAGGGGACCCCUUCAUCGUCCCCAACUUCUUGCGUGUCUACCGAAGUUUUGCCACCACCCAACAGGUGCUGCACCUGCUGUUUCACAGGUAUGCCUACUUCCAGCCUCACUGUGAAGAGGACGACCGCACUAAGGACGCCCUCUGCUCCAUCCUGGGAACCUGGCUGGAAAACUAUCCAGACGACUUCUAUGAGUUCCAGGACCUGGCCAGGCUGAAACAGCUGGUGGCCUAUGUCAGGCUCCAUAUGCCCUUCUCGGACCUGGCACGCCAGGCCCAGCUGCUCCUCACAGAGUUGGAGGACGCGGAGCCCAAGGAGCUGGUGGCCGAACCCGAGGCCUUUGGUCUUCCUGCAGUGGAUCUGGAGGCCCCUAGGUGUCCAGAAUAUGAACUGGAGUCAGGCCCUGCUGAGGAACCAGAUGUCACUCCUGUGAACUCCUGGUCGGCUGCCCACAAUAUGGGGACCCUGGACCCCGCCAUGGUCCAGAGGCUGGUGAACGAGCUGGUGCCUGCGCAGGAGAGAGGGGACCCCUUCAUCGUCCCCAACUUCUUGCGUGUCUACCGAAGUUUUGCCACCACCCAACAGGUGCUGCACCUGCUGUUUCACAGGUAUGGCUACUUUCAGCCUGGCUGUGAAGAGGAUGACCGUGCCAAGCACGCCCUCUGCUCCAUCCUGGAAAUCUGGCUGGAAAACUAUCCAGAGGACUUCCAUGGGUUCCAGGACCUGACCUGUCUGCAUCAGCUGGUGGCCUACGUUAGGCUCCAUAUGCCCUUCUCGGACCUGGCACACCGGGCCCAGCUGCUCCUUACAGAGUUGGAGGACGCGGAGCCCAAGGAGCUGGUGGCUGAGCCCGAGGAAACAUCACUGCCCUGGGCAGCCUUUCUUCUAGCUCCAGAGGCACUGGAGUCCCCUGAGUAUCCAGCAUGUGAACUGGGGUCAGGACCCCUCCAGGAACCAGAUUUUACUCCUGUGCUCUCUGUGUCAGCUGCCAGCAACGUGGAGACCCUGGACACAGCCAUGGUCGAAAAUCUGGUGGAUGAGCUGGUGCCUGCCCUGCAGAGAGGGGACCCCUUCAUCGUCCCCACCUUCUUGCACAUCUAUCGAGGGUUCAUCACCACCCAACAGGUGCUGCACAUGCUGUUCCACAGGUAUGCAUACUUUCGGUCCGACUGUGAAGAGGACAACUGUGCUAAGGAUGCCCUCUGCUUCCUCCUGGGAUCCUGGCUAGAAAAGUACCCGGAGGACUUCUCCGACCUGGCCUGCCUCCAUCAGCUGGUGGCCUAUGUCCAGCUCCAUAUGCCCUUCUCGGACCUGGCCUGCCGAGCCCAGCUGCUCCUGAUGCAGCUGGAAGACACGGAGCCCACGGAGCUUCUGGCUGAGCCAGAGGAAACAUCAUUGCCCUGGGCAGUCCCUCUUCCUGCUGCAUUGAUUUUUGAGGCCCCUGAGUACCCAGCCGCUGGACCGGGGUCAGGACCCCUCCAGGAACCAGAUGUCACUUCUGAGCUCUCCUUGUUGGCUGCCAGCAACGUGGAGACCCUGGACACAGCCAUGGUCGAAAAUCUGGUGGAUGAGCUGGUGCCUGCCCUGCAGAGAGGGGACCCCUUCAUCGUCCCCACCUUCUUGCACACCUAUCGAGGGUUCAUCACCACCCAACAGGUGCUGCACACGCUGUUCCACAGGUAUGCAUACUUUCGGUCCGACUGUGAAGAGGACGACCGUGCUAAGCACGCCCUCUGCUCCAUCCUGGGAACCUGGCUGGACUCUUUCCCGGAGGACUUCCAGGACCGGGCCAGCCUGAAACUGCUGGUGACCUACGUCCAGCUCCAUAUGCCCUUCUCGGACCUGGCACGCCAAGCCCAGCUGCUCCUCAUCCAGCUGGAGGAUCCAGAGCCCAAGGAGGCUGAGGCUGAGCCCGAGGGUGAGGAGGGCGUGGCUCCAGCACCAGGUGGGGACGAGGAGGUGCCUCCUGCAGCAGCUGCUGCAUUUCUGGGGUCAGAUUUGGUGCCAACAAUUGCUCUCCAGCCAGAACCAGAUGAAGCCUGUUUGUCCCUGGCAAUUGUGCCAGCUGUGGACAGCCUGGAGCCUCCUGCAUGUCCAGAAGCCAAACAAGAGCCAGAUCGUCCCCAGCCCUGGUUCACGAAGCUGUGCUGGCCCUGGGGCCGCCGGCGUGGGCAGUGUGUGAUCCCCAGCCAGGACCGUCCCCGCCGUCGUUCACCCAGCUGGGUGCGCACCCUUCUAAGCUGUUUCCCCAUCCGCUCAUCGGGGCCCCACUCUGGCCCCAGCCACGAGUGAAACAACUGUGGUGGCAGCAAACCCGGCUCUGCACAGCUCAGCUCCUGGGUCCUCCCAGGGCCACCUCCAGUCAGAGCCAUCCUGCCCCUGGGCAACAUAUUGUUUUGUAGCUCCCUUUUCUGCUCUCUGAGACAGUUUAUUUCAGUCCCCCUCUGUAUGUAGUACAAUAUAGCUCUUUUCAUG